AUGAACGCCGCAUGGGGUUUGCUGGCGGUUUUCAGUCUGGUGUGUCGCGUUGAGUCGAGGUGCUCACCGACCUCCUAUUAUAAGAACUGCUGGAUUAGACGGUUCCCGGGGAUUUUCAUCGAUAUUGAGGAGUCUCAGAGGAGAGGAGCGCAGCUUUUGAAGCAUUAUCAAGAAGAGACCGCGCUGAAAUGCAGCCGCACCUGUUGCCUUACCAGAAACUUUUCCUGUAAUCUGGCUAUAUUCCACUAUGAUACCACUCAAGAAAUCUUGAACUGCUUUCACCUCCACUGUCCGACUCUGGAGAGCUGCAUUCUGAGUCACAGAGACAACGUUGUUCUCUACAAUAUCACAAAGGGUGUGGAUCCUGAUCUGUUGGUGUUUGGAAAAUACUUCACCUCUAACGUGCGUGUGUUACCCCACCACUACAGCCGCAAUAACGCCUCAGAGCCAUUGCUGUCAGACAAGCGCCAAUUUAUUCAUCCACCUCCGCCCGUUAAACCCUCCACUACAGCAGGUAGAGUUCAUGCCACCACAGAGGCCUCUGUCAUUGCCACCACAGCACUGCAGAGCACCGGUCAGCCUUUAGCAGUUUCCACGACUACGACUGCUGUGCCUUCCACUGAAAAAACUCCCCCAUCUUCAAAAAAGUAUGCACAAACAACAGCCGCAGUUGUCUCCACCACUUCUCUUCCAGAUAGCAUUACUCCUCCUUCAUUCACCACAGUUAGCACUCUGGGCCAUUACAAUUCCAAGAUUCUGUCUGCUUUUUCUACCUCAAGUCCACAAUCCCCAGUAUCCACCCCUACCCGUCAUCCCACCGCCACUUUCUCUCAGUUUACCAGCAGCCCUCCAACUUCUGCAGCUCUUAUAAGCUACACAGAAAGCAGCAAGCUGUAUCUAAAUGAGACCAAGGGCAACCAUGGGAGGAACCACACAGUAAGCAACGUGGGAGCCAGUGGAGAUGACACCCAACCAGGCCUCGGACAUGGGUGGUAUGUGGCUGCUGACACCUUGCUGGUUGCUGUGGCCAUUUGUAUCACAGUGCUGCUGAGCUGCUGUUGCUCUAUCCUGCUGGUGGUGAGCUGGAGGGGUCAAAGAAAGAGGACGGGACGCUACAGUACAUCAUGGAGAGGGAAACGAGGCUCCAUGCGUCUGAUAAAAUACGUGCUGGUCAAGGAGAGCUCCUGA